UCCAGAUCUCUCUUCUUCUACUUACUCAUCAUCACAACUUCUCAGAGAAAGAUCUCAGAAAAAAACUUGAAAAUGAAGCUCGAAUUCAUUAUUGUUGCUAUGAUGCUAAGUCUCGUACUCGUCUCCGGUGAGAUUUUAACUAAAUCCUCACCGGCUCCGUCACCGGAUCUAGCAGAUUCGCCUUUAAUCCACGCAUCACCACCAUCGAAACUCGGAUCUCAUAAUUCUCCAGCGGAAUCUCCAAUUGAAUACUCUUCUCCUCCAGAGCCUGAAACAGAACACUCUCCAUCUCCUUCUCCGGCGAAUUCUCCAUCGGUUUCUCCACCAUUACCGAAUGAUUCUCAAUCUCCUUCUUCGUCUGCUUCUCCGUCUCCGUCACCGGAAGCUAGCGAUGUGAAUCACAGUGAUAUUACUGGGAUCGAAGGGGAGAAGUUGCCGUCGGGAAGCGGUGGAGGAAUGAGCGGCGGGAAGAAAGUUGGAGUUGCUUUUGGAGCGAUUGCGGCGGUUUGUGUGGUUGGAGUCGCCGGAUUUGUGUACAAGAAACGGCAAGAGAAUAUUCGCAGGUCUCGUUACGGUUACGCCGCCAGAGAGAUUCUGUAAUUAGAGAGAGAGAGAGAGAUCCAGCGAGGAUAGAUUGAUUUAAUUUUGAAUUUUUUGUUACUCUAAAAUUCGAAAACAUUUAUUGAUAAUUAUUAUUUCUUUUGUAUCGUGUAAUCAAUAUUUGGAAUUUUUCUUCAGAUGUUUAAUAAUCAUGCUAAUAUAAUUAAGUUAAUGAUA